AUGGUGAAGACAAGUGCUGAGGAAGAAGGACAAGCAGCAGUUAGCAGCUUGAGGCUAGCCAGGAUUCACAAGCAUCUCCAAAACAUUAACAAGCCUCCUGUCUUCACCAUUCAGAGCCCAGAUGGAGACCUCAUUGAUUGUGUUCACAAAAGAAGACAGCCAGCUCUGGAUCACCCGCUUUUGAAGCAUCACAAGAUUCAGAGAGUUCCAUCUGCAAUGCCGAAAACCAAGGACGACGCUGCAGACGAAACAAACACCACAAAGAGCGUAGACGGGCUCAAAGGUGUGUGGCAAAUGUGGCAUCAAAAGGGCCAACUGUGCCCGAAAGGCACGGUGCCCAUCAGACGUAGCUCGGUCCACGACGUGCUUAGGGCCAAGUCGUUGUAUGAUUUUGGAAAGAAACAAACAAGGCCUUUGUCCUUUCCCGGCCGUCGUCGCAACCCAACCGACGAGCCCACUAACGAUGAUCUCAAUACCAAUAACCAUGAGCAUGCUAUUGCAUAUGUGACAUCAUCAGAGGGGAUAUACGGGGCAAAAGCGUCGAUAAACGUGUGGGACCCAUCAGUAGAAGGACGAGUCGAGUUUAGCUUGUCUCAGAUUUGGGUUCUGUCCGGCUCCUUUGAUGGCACCGACCUCAACAGUGUUGAAGCUGGCUGGCAGGUUAGUCCGGAGCUGUAUGGAGACAGUAAACCCAGAUUAUUCACCUAUUGGACGUCUGAUGCAUAUGAAUCAACGGGAUGCUAUAAUCUUCUAUGCUCUGGAUUUGUGCAAACAAAUAGUCGAAUUGCAAUUGGAGCUGCUAUCUCUCCAGUCUCAUCCUUACACCAAACCCAGUAUGACAUCACCAUCCUCAUAUGGAAGGAUCCAAAGACAAAGAAUUGGUGGAUGGCCUUUGGGGACAACACGUUAGUGGGCUACUGGCCCAACGAACUAUUUACUCACUUAUCACAUCGGGCCACAAUGGUCGAGUGGGGCGGUGAGGUCGUAAACACCCGGCCCAAAAAUAAACACACGUCCACUCAAAUGGGCUCGGGCCAUUUUGCGGAAGGCGGGUUUGGGACAGCAAGCUAUUUUCGCAACCUACAAAUAGUUGGCUCAGAUAACGGAUUGGUCACGGCCCAUGAUAUAACAACGUUGGCUGAGCAUGUAAAUUGCUAUAAUAUCCAGAGCUCAUAUAGCAGUAAAUGGGGCACAUACUUUUAUUAUGGUGGGCCUGGAAGAAACCCAAAAUGUCCGUGA